CAUCUGUUAAUAAUGAUGAAAUGCAAAUGCUCCAUUCUCAUUCCAAGGUAACAAAGUGUUACCUUGGAAUUAUUAUCAAUUUAUCACAUCAAGAAAAACUAGGUUGAUUAUGCUUUUGAUUUUUAACAGAAGCAGAGAAGUCUGGAUAUCAUACUGUCUGAUUCUUCAGAGGACGAGUUUGAAGAGCCUAAAAGAAAAAAGAAGACAGAAAAUUUGCCACAGACUAGUACACCUGAAAGAAAACGAUCUAAACGGGUACAUGUAGCAUCUGACACUGAAGAUAUGCCAACGCUCCAUUCCCAUUCCAUGAAAAAGAAAAAAGGUGUCUGCAGUACAGCCAGUCCUCAAGAAUCUCCAAUUAAGAAUGACAGUUCAGAUCUGCCAGACAUUCCUGUAACGGACACAGAUGAAGGCAAAUGUACAGAUGAGAAUAAGAGAGAUGAUGAUGAUGAGAUUAUGAAAGAAUUUGAGGAGAUGAUGCAACAGAGGCAGGAAAGGCAGUUGUUCGCACAGAGUUCAUUCCUAUACUUUCCAACCAAAGAUGAGCCCCAGGUUCAACUCUGCGUUGUGUACGAGAGCCAUGGGGGUCUUGCAAUUAACAGGCCAUUCAAACUGAAUGAUACAGUAAAGAGCGUUUUCAGCUGGAUAUGCGUGGAGGUCGAUCCUGAAAUUCUCCCCCCCCCCCACGUUUUCCACUUGGAGUGUCGCACACCCACCAACUGCCCUAACCCCAGUUGCCCGCACAUUUAUGAACUAAAAAACAACUUCAAAGUGAAAGUGGGGGACUUGCCAAAUAUAUUAUACCUGCAUGAAGCGUAUUUUGCCACAGAAGAAACUUUCACUGGAUUUGGGGAUGUUCUCAUGUAA